CUAGAGAGGAUUUUCGGUUUCCGCUUUCCACAAUUGCUGCUUCCCGCCUCAGAUUAUCUCUUCGCUUCGAUUUCUGUGAGCUCCAUAGACGAAUUUGAGGAGAAUUUCAGAGUUUAUGCCGUCUUCAUCUGAUUUUAUAUAGCGAUUAUAUCGAUCGGUCGAUCGAUUUCCUCUUCGUCUUCAUCUGAUUUUAUAUAGCGAUUAUAUCGAUCGGUCGAUCCAUUUCCUCUUCGUCUUCAUCUGUUUUUGUAUGACGAUUCAGUAUUCUUCUGCAACAAGUAAUCAUCAUAGUUAGAUUUCUUCGUUUUUCGGCAAAAGAAGAUGAAAUCCUGUUCAUCGGAGAGAAUCGGAGUUCGACAGUAUAAUAAAUCGGAACUGCCGCGGCUGCGGUGGACGCCGGAGCUUCAUCGGUACUUCGUUCAGACCGUCGAGAUCCUUGGCGGAAGAAAUCAAGCAACGCCGAAAAGAAUCCUGCAAAUGAUGGGAGUGAAAGGACUGAAGAUAUCACACAUAAAGAGCCAUUUACAGAUGUACAGAAGUAUGAAACUAGAGCAGGGCAGUAGCAGUAGGUUCGAGGAUGUAGUGCUGAAACAAGCCACGAAGCAGACAAGAGGAAGAACGCUGCACUCUUCUGAUAUCAAAAUCUUCUUAUCUUCGGUCUCCUCUUCAAGUGGGACAUUGAGAGAAGAAGAAGAGUUCAACGGAAGUAAAAGAGAACACAAAUCUUCAUCCAUCAUGAAGGACAGCAUUAUUUCUCAACAGGAUUCAGAUUCGUGCUUGCAAAGCAGAAUGUCAGAAGAAAUGUUAGACGACCAGGAGGAAGCAUGUGACUGUGAACUGUCGUUAUCCCUAAAACCCACUCGUUCUCCAAUGACACGACAAUUAUGCGGCCAAGAUGUAAGCAGCUCUUCCAAUUCUACCUCCCCACAAAUAUACCAAUUCAAUUUUGUACAACUAAAACAAUUUCCCCUUCCUCCCCACCUUACAAAUUUGGACCUAACCAUAUGAAACCCCUCUUUCCCACUUUCCCAUUAGAUUCAUAGCUUUUUAGCUAUUUUAAUUA